AUGGGGUUGAGAAAAUUUUCCUUUCUUGCAUUUGUAUGGUUUGCCCUUCUUGUUGGUUCCAAUGCUGAAGAACAAUAUUCGAAGCAAGAGAGGCGGCCUAUUAAGACCUUUAAGACAAUUUAUGGAGAGACCAUCGAUUGUAUCGACAUGUAUAAACAACCAGCAUUCGACCACCCUUUACUGAAAGAUCAUAAGCUUCAGACAAAACCAAGCUUUUCACUCAACGAAAAAAAGCAGAGACAGAAAGCACAAGUUAACCAACUUGAGAGACCACAUGUUUUGGAUAGCUGUCCUGAUGAGACCAUUCCAAUUCUCAGAAGGACAAAGGAAUAUUGGACGAGAGCCAAAUUGCUUGAGCAGACAUGUCCACAGAUAUAUCAUCCUUCGACUCCUAAUUCUGCAAGUUUUCAAUAUGCUCUUCUGACGCUGAAAAGCCCUGAUAUUGCUUUUAGCGGAGCAAGGGCAUUCAUUUCUUAUUACAUUCCAAAGUGUGAUUAUGGACAAUUUAGUGGAGGUCAGAUCUGGAUCCUCGACAACAAUAGGUUAGCAAACAUACAAGUUGGAUGGAGGGUGCAUCCAGAUCUAUACGGGGAUAAUCAGAAUCAUUUCCUUACUUCCUGGCGAGAUAUCAACACCAAGGAUUGGUGGUUGAUAAUUACCAAGGACGGCGGGGACAUUAAAUUAGGCUAUUGGCCGGCUAAGAUAUUGCCUACUUUGGCGGGCGGCGCCAGAACACUGGAGUUCGGCGGAAUAGCGUCCGCGGACGACGGCAUGCGCUUCCCGGCGAUGGGGAGCGGACAGUUUCCGGACCAGUCGUACCUUCGUGCUUGCCACGUGAGACAAAUUCAAUACUUUGAUCAGAGUUCGCAAACUUGGAUGGCGCCCGAGUCUACUCCACCGGAAAACAUAGUCGCGACUUCGAAAGCUUGCUAUGGCGCCGCCGUCGACAACAGCUUCAAAGACUAUGGCUAUACCCUGUUGUUCGGGGGACCCGGUGGAGAUAAUUGUUGA